CUGUCUAUGGAGGACACGACCUCCAUCUUGCCUCGUCUCAAACGCAACUCUGACACCUAUGGGAUUGGAGCUCUGGCUAAGUCCUCUCUGACAGGUGUGUCAGGUGUGACCAGGUCCAUGAAGGACAAAGUAACUAAACCCACAGCUAUGGCUCAAGGCCGUGUAGCCCACAUGAUUGAGUGGCAGAGUUGGGGCAAACCAUCUGCUGGGCCAAUAGGGGGAGCAGGUCUUUCCAACCUGCACCGCGAGAGGGAAAGAAGACUUGAGAAUGAUGCCUACAGUGACCUAAGUGAUGGAGAAAAGGAGGCACGAAUGGCUGCUGGAGUGAUGCAGCAAUUUGCAAUCUCUGAGGCCACAUUAAUGGCCUGGAAUUCUAUGGAUGGAGAGAGCUUUUGUGUUGACUCCAACCAGGGCAGUGUAGCACACCUCAGCGAAGUUAAUCAGGAGAGCAUUACCAGCAGAGAUCAACCUUUGCAUCAUUCAUCUGCAGAAGUGUGGCCUCACACCUAUGUCUCCCAGGGCCUUUACUGCCUUUCAUCCUCUGAUGCCUGGGAGCCAAUCAGCAGUGAGCUAUCAGGCAUGGCCUCUCCUGCUGCUGGCUCCUACAUAGCUAGUGGGGCUUCUGGAGAAGGCUAUGAUUGUUCCACCCACUAUCUGUCCCAGCAGCAGCUAUCACUUCAGCAGCAGAGCCACUUACAGCAGCUGCAGCAGAUGCAGCAGUACCAGCAGCAGCAACUCAUGCAGUACCAGCAACAGUCACUGGAACAUCGGCUACACAGCACCUCCCAUUCUUUGCAAGCUACGCCCAAUAGCACUAUUCAUAGCUUGGGUCCACCCACUCAUCCACGAUUGGCUGAUUUGUGGGCAGCAGCACAAGUGGAGCCACAUCAGAUGGAAAUAAUGGGACACAUGAGCAUAACCUUGGCAGAAACGGGUACGCCGGAAUCAUACAGCGAGGAAUUAGUUACAGAAAAUGAGUGCAUCCCUGAGCAACAAGAGGAGGAGGAAGCCAAGGACGAUGACAUCACAUUAACAUUGGAACCUGAGGCAAUGUUCAUGACGCCAGUUUUAACCUCACAGCCUCACAGAGAGGGUCUGAAACCUGGUGGCAUGAGCCCACCCCUGUCACACGCAGAGCCGAUGCCUGAGCACAUGGCCUUCGAGGUCACAUCCUGCAUCAUCCAAUCCCUGGAAGAGAAGGAAGAGGAAGUGGAGGAAGGGGCUGUGGUUGUCGUGGCGACCAAUUAACAGCUUUGAUUUUAUUUAUUUUUUCAGGAGGGUAACCGAAAGAAAAGUUUCAAAAACGGAACUUUACUGAAAUAAUCAACCAACUGCGCUAAUGUAUAACCACCCACAACCAAGACAUAUGUUCUCUUUUUUUUGUCUAUCAAACAGUGGAGGACUCCGCAGUGAGAUGCACUGACUUAUAUGUUCAUAACGAGUGAUAAAGGACAUCAUAAAAUUGCGGUCUUAAAAUGCAGGGACACACUAAUACAGAUGUUAAAAGUGGAGAUGCAGAGGUGUGAUCUGUUGACCAGGGGAAGAGAGACUUAUAAAAGGACGUUUAAAAUAAACUAAAGAAAACAGUGCAAUACUAAUAUACAAAGACAACCAAAAGAAAGUGCAUGCAUCCUGAAUAUUUAAGUGACUGAAUUACCAGUAUACAUAUAGUGAUAACUGAAAUUGAUUUUUGUAAUAAAAUUAAAAACCAACAAAAUAUGUUGUAUUUCUAUGUAC